CGAGGCCCGGUCUCGGUCGCGCCGAUAUUCAGCCAUCGCCGGCGGCUCCCCGCUGCCUGCCCAAACAUUUUUCAAAACAAAACUUUCUCACCAAAUACACGAUUCAUAGGGAGUUUCGGGUUUCGGAUCCUCCACCAGCGAACAGCGCCGCCCGCACCAACGCCCGGGCACAUAGAAGCAGCGUGUUUGCGUUGCCCGACCCUGCGCUGCGCACCGCGCACACAGCAGCACCGCCAUCGGCACGAUGGAGCUCAUCUUUACAGCGGACAGACCGUUGUUGUCGCUCGUGGAAGGACGGCCCUUUUGUUCACACGCGCCAGUGAUGUCACCCAAACUCCCCACAAAGUGCUUUGUAUGUCUUGCAUAAUUACCCGCUUAGGAGCAGGUGAAAAUCGUAGCCAUUAGAGGGAUCCGAACAUUUUGUAAAUGUUAAGGGGAGAGAAUUGCGGGGCUUUUAGUCCCAUCGAUUAAGGAAAAGGCUUGCCUUAACGGGGCACUUGAAGCGAUGCUGGCUCUCUACAUAGCAACAUGUAGAUAUUAUCAUGAACGGAAUCAGUGAUUCGGAGAAAGGACACUGGCAUUUCAGAAUCAGAAUCAGAAUCAUCUUUAUUUGCCAAGUAUGUCCAAAAAACACACGAGGAAUUUGUCUCCGGUAGUUGGAGCCGCUCGAGUAUGAGAACAAGACAGUUAAUUGACAGAGAGAACACUUUGGAGACAGAAAGACAUUGACAAAAAAACAGUCACGGAGCAAUAAAGGGUCGCUAGUUAUCUGGUAAUGCCAGUGCAGUAUAGUUUAACACUUAGUUGCUUAAAAGUGACAAAAGUUCAAACGUUUUGGAACUCUUUUAAAUUUUAGGGCUGCCUCAAAUGGGACAGCUGUGAGUGGUAAAUUCAUAUUUGGCCAUCCAAUUGGGGAAUUUACAUGAGAUUGGUUGGAGUUGGAUUACCUUGAUAGUAAAUGAAGGUCUUUGUUUCUUUUGUGACAAGAAAAUGACGCGUGGUCCCCUCCGCGCACACGACGUCAGGCAGACCAGAACGAAUGAACGGAAAAAAAGAGGGGGGGGGGAGAGAGAGAGAGAGAAAAGGAAAAACGAUUGUGUUUCUGGAGUUCAGGUGGGCGGGGCUCUUCAUCCGGGUACUGGCGUGACCCUGCUGAAUUGCAAACAUGGCGGAGUCCUCCCUUGGGAAUUCGAGCCCAGGGGGCUCAGCGGGUUCUGUUGACCAUGACUUUGACCCAUCAGCGGACAUGCUUGUCCACGACUUUGAUGACGAACGCACAAUGGAAGAGGAGGAAAUGUUGGAGGCAGCUGAUGAGGCCAACGCCAAUGAGAUUGAAGAUCUUGCACGCGAAGGAGAAAUGCCCAUUCACGAGCUUCUGAAUCUUUAUGGUUACGGAGGCGCUUCACCAGCCGAUGAGGAUGAAGAGGAGGAUGAAGAACAGGAAGAAGAGGACGAAGAAGAGGAUGAGGACGAUGAGCUGGACAAUGACGAAAGCAGCCGAGGCACUGGCGAGCUAAAAAGGAAUGAGGAUGAAGGCGUCAAGAACUCAACAACACAGGAGGACGAGGCCCCGGUGACCACGGAGGGCCGCACCCGUUCUGUUAGGGGCCUCGGCACAUCAGAACUUAUUCGUCCACAGAAGCACAAGUACUUUGAAAGUAACAACGAUGCAGAAGAGGAGUCAGAUGAAGAUGAGGAUUAUGUUCCAUCUGAAGACUGGAAAAAGGAGAUCAUGGUUGGGUCUAUGUAUCAGGCAGAAACCCCCACUGGCCUGUGUAAAUAUCAAGACAAUGAAAGAGUUUAUGAAAAUGAUGACCAACUGUUGUGGAACCCUGAGUGUCUACCUGAAAACAAAGUGGUGGGGUUCUUGAUAGAGGCAUCGAGACGUACGGGAGAGGAGAAGGGGGUCGACGCCAUCCCGGAAGGAUCCCACAUCAAGGACAAUGAACAGGCAUUAUACGAACUUGUGAAAUGUGACUUUGACACAGAGGAAGCUCUAAGAAGACUUCGGUUUAAUGUAAAAGCAGCCAGAGAGGAGCUUUCUGUCUGGACUGAAGAGGAAUGUAGAAAUUUUGAACAAGGACUAAAAUCCUACGGAAAAGACUUUCAUUUAAUACAGGCCAACAAGGUGAGAACUCGGUCUGUAGGAGAAUGUGUGGCCUUUUAUUACAUGUGGAAGAAGUCUGAGCGUUAUGAUUUCUUUGCACAGCAAACCAGACUUGGAAAAAGGAAAUACAACCUUCACCCCGGUGUCACGGACUACAUGGACAGGUUACUGGAUGAGACGGAGAGCGUGGCCUCCAGCAGGGCGGCGUCGCCCCCUCCCACCACGUCCAGCAGCAGCGCCAGCCAAUCGGAGAGGGAAGACAGCAGCGGCCACAACGGUGUUGCAGGCCACAGUUCCAGCCAUCUCGGAGAUGGUACGCAUAUUCUGGUCCCAGUAAACCAAGUGAAACCUGAGCCCGUUCAGUCCAACGGUCCGUCAGGCGAUGGCCCCCUCCCCUCGUCGGACAACAACUCCAACGGAUGCAGCCACCCCAGCUCAUCCAGUCACGAGCAAAACGGUUCUCCGGAACCUCCCGCAGACCAAAGAGACUCUGCCGUGGCGCAUGACAGGCCGGCCAAGAGGGUCAAGAUGGAGACGGAGCCUUUGGCCCAAAACCAAGCAGAAGCUACCGGAACCCAGGAGAACUGAAGAACUGAAGUCCUGAGCUCUGUCGCGAGGACGCUGAUUUUCGUGGUGGAAAAUGGUCGGUGAGGACUCGAUGACCAAAAAUGCCGUCGAUCCUCCAGCAGGGAUCGAUUCUGACCCGUGUGGCGUCUGGAGCCAUCCAUGUAGCUCUGAACUUCUACCCGUUGUCUGUAAUUACUUGACUGACUCACAGCAUUUUGCCAAGAAUUUCUCUUUUUCUAUUUGUACUCGAAGAAAAACAAAACAAAACAAUUCCCAUUAAUAUUUUUUUACACAAGAUAUUUAUAUUUUUUAACAAAAAAAGUCUAUGAUGGGUAUUUGCUUUUCAAGCCAUUUGAACAUUUGUGAACAGCGUAGAGAGUUUUAAACGACUUUGUGCUUCAGGCGGAGUAAGCGCACUCGGCGUAGGCAAGCUGGUGAUGUCGCAAGUUGUCUUUAGUUGCACUUUCGUUACACAUUUCUGUGGUUGAGAAGCAGCAGAAUGACAUUGUCACUUGGAGAAAUAAACCAGCGCAGGUUUGUUUGUGUCAAGCCGCUGACAUCAGUGAUGUCCUUUAACACGUUAGUAGAUGGCUGUAUUUUGGGAUUUUCACAAUCGGCUUCUUUGCUUAACGUUUUCUUUUUACUAGUCAAGAAUGUCAGCGAUUCCUAAGCUUUGUAUAGAUUUCUUACAUGCAUUGGUACAUUUUCAAAUUGUCCUCAUCCUUUUCUGUUCUUUCUUUGCUUUCUCCAGAAGCACGUUGUCCAUGUUAAUCUGAAAUACAUGUCAUUUAAAAAGA